GUUCAAUAAUCAUUUACCUGUUGAUUACAUAGGCAGAUGAGAAUGCACAUCUUGGUGAUGACAUUGCCACCCACAAAUCCACAAUGUUUAUUUGUGCAAAAUGAAGUAGUAGAGCCCAAACAUGAGUGACCAAACCUUGCAUAUUGCCAUGUAUCCAUGGUUUGCUAUGGGUCAUUUGACUGCAUUCCUCCACAUCUCCAACAAACUGGCAGAAAGAGGCAACAAGAUCUCCUUCUUUUUACCUCUCAAAACUCGAUCCAAGUUGCAACACUAUAAUCUCCACCCUCGUCUCAUUACCUUCAUUCCCCUCAGUGUCCCUCAUGUCGAUGGCCUCCCUUUGGGAACUGAAACCACAGCCGAUAUUGAUCUCUCUUUGGGCUCUCUUCUUGCCACCGCCAUGGACCUCACUCGACCCCAAAUCGAGCAAUCUCUCAUCGAACUCAAGCCUGACUUUGUGUUCUUCGAUCUUAGUUACUGGUUGCCUGCAAUGUUGCGUGGACUAGCAACGAAUAUCAAGUCAAUAUAUUACUCCGUAAUCAAUCCUGCAACUAUAUGGUUCGGCCUGCGAAAUCUAGUCCUGCCAAGAAAAAAUCAAUUGGAUGAAGCUUAUCGUUCAUUUUCAAUCAAGUUACAAACUCACGAAGUUCGGGCCUAUGAUGCCAUGAUGAACAUGAAAUAUGGCAGUGAGGUGACAUUCAGCAAACGCUUAAUGACCUCUCGCAGCGAUUGUGACGCAAUUUGUUUCCAAAGUUGCAGAGAACUCGCAGAGCCAUUUUCAAACUAUAUUGAAAUCCGGAUGAACAAGCCGGUCAUUCUUGCUGGGCCAGUGAUGCCGGAUCCCCCGAGUUCACAGUUGGAAGAGAAAUGGGCAAGAUGGCUUGGAGGGUUCGAACCGAGAACCGUGAUUUUCUGUGCUCUUGGAUCUGAAUACAUUCUCACAAAGCAACAACUGCAGCAACUAUUAUUGGGUUUUGAGCUUACUGGUUUCCCAUUCUUCGCUGCCCUAAAACCGCCAACCGGAGUUGAAUCAAUUGAGUCGGCAUUGCCAGAAGGGUUUGAAGAGCGUGUGAAAGGAAAAGGAGUGGUUUAUGGGAGUUGGGUUCAGCAGCCUUUGAUACUGAAGCACCCAUCUGUGGGUUGCUUCGUGACUCACUGCGGUUCGGGGUCUUUAAACGAGGCGUUGCUGAAUGAAUGCCAAUUGGUGUUUCUGCCAAACAUAUUAGAUCAGAUCAUCAACGCAAGAAUGAUGAGCGGUGAAUUGAAAGUGGGAGUUGAAGUUGAGAAAGGAGAUGAAGAUGGUUUGUUCACCAAGGAAGGUGUUUGCAAGGCUGUGAAAGCUGUGAUGGAUGAGAACAGUGAGGUUGGGAAGGAGGUGAAGAUUAACCAUGCCAAGUGGAGAGAGUUCCUCUCCAGUAAAGGGCUUGAGAGCUCAUACAUCGAUGAUUUUGUGCAGAAGCUCCAUAAACUGUUAGGAUGAUCAUUACCAAAAAAAAAACUGCUACGAUAAUUUGUUUUCACUUUCAAGAAUAGGGCUUUUAGCCUAUAAUACAUCUUUUAGCCUAUCAUAUACGUGUUGCAUUAUUUCCC